GUAUGGGUCCAUUGGAGAUGUUCUGUACAUACAUUGGUGUUUCCAUAUUGUAGUAAUUAAUAUUCUGCUUUGAUUUUGAAUAUGGUUAUGUAAUAAGAUUACUUUAUGAUCAAAUUAUGAUUUCAUAUCAACUUGAAUAUCUAUAAGGCGUGGUGAUACACCAAACGUUUUUGUGAAUAGGGGACUGUUUCCCUAAAAUAUCGUUUUUAUGAGUAAUUUCCGUCAUGUUACAUGGGCUUGUAAGGAUAUUUCUAUAUACACAGGCCGUGAAUAUGUUUCUCCUUCUGCCAUGGUUUGCCAUUUUGUUUAAGUCAUGUGAGUAUGAAUGAGUUGUGUGUCAGUGUAUUGGAUAUGGACAAAGUACUAAUAAUUGAACUAAAGUACUAAAAACUUUGGAAUCUGAAGUGAGACUUCAGGCCAGACAUGACUGGAUUAUGGCGAACCGCAGCUGUGCCGAAAAUUUGUCUGGUCAACUUUUGUACAUGUCGGAUAUCAUGAUGGACACGUCCCUAAUGAAUAUAACCACUCCCACUUCCCAGAAUUAUUGGUCCAAGAAAAUGGCAACCAUUACCGAUUUCAUCCAAUAUGAAGGUUGCUUUAAUUCAUCUGAGCUACAAUUAGAAGCAUACUUACUAUCACCAUCACAAAGCUCUGUAGCUGCCUGUUUCGACCAUUGUUCCAACAUAUCUCGGAUAGCUGUGACGACGAAGGACAUGGUGCGUGUUUACUGCUUGUGUGUCGGAGAUUUGAAACUUGAUCUGAAACGUGAGAACGUCAGCAGCUGUUACUUACCGUGUCCUGAUGACGUCAUGAAUACAUGUGGUGGUGUAAACCUAAUGUCAGUGUAUUACAGGGAGCAAUUGGAGGCACAGAACCCCAGAGAAAUGACCGAAUGUGUUGCCAUAACAAUGGAUGACAAAGGCAUUUCAUUCAGUGUAGACGAUUGCAUGAAACCCCAUGAUGGAUACAUUUGUGAUCUCUGUUUAGAGAAGUGUUCUUCAGAGGUCUUUCUAGAAAAAGAAAAAUUAACAUGGCAACAAGCCAAGCAGGCGUGUGAAAAUCGAGGAGGCUACCUGGGUAGGUUAGGAACAGAGUACAAUAGGACGUUAUGGAGCGGCUACAGAAGGUGGUUUCUGGAGGAGAACUAUUCAAUUUUUAUGACAAUGUGUCUUGCAUGCAAUUACAAAUAUGGAGUGUCGAAUUGCGCCUACAUGCAGUGCUCGACUCUACAACAAUCUCUUUGUAUCACAGAACCAAUACAUUCACAAACAGCAAACUGGUUUGAUGCAGAGAGCAGCUGCAUGACCUCUGGUUCAAGAUUGUUAACGAAGGAGGAACUUUCGACGGUUGAAGUGAUAGAAAAUGUGUUCGUCUCCCAAUAUUACUGGAUGUAUGCUGUUGGAGGACACACGCCUUUUGUUAGAAAUAUUGGUUGUGCUGACAUUUCCAACAGUUCGUCCAUAAUGUCAUUAAGCAGUGUUCAGAAAUCUGUCCUGAAAUGUUUGGAAUUUUGUAAAGACACGCCUUAUUUUGGGCUAACAAAAGAAAAAACAAAAGACAAAUGUUUUUGUAUGGAAGAUCUAGAUAAAAUAUCUCCAUCAUUUACAAAUGUCAGUGAAUGUGCAGUAGCUUGCAGUGAAGAGAAGAACGACUUAUGUGAAGGAUUUGAACGACUGAUCGUAUUUGAAGUUGACAAAAAUAGUGUAGCUGGAAACCGGCAUGAAACACAAGGCGUAGAGUGUAUGUUCCUGAAAAAGAUGCAGGAUUUUAUGGACAUGAAUGCUGGAGAUUGUCUCCUGAAAGCUAGUGGCUACAUCUGCGAAAUCUGUGAAUCUGGCAGAAAGAACUGCACACAAGAGGCCUUUCUCGGUAUGUUCACCUGGUACGAGGCUAGUGACGACUGUCGGAAUAGAGGUGGAAACCUGGGGGACAUGAACUUUUAUGAUUACAGCAGUCUUGUGGAUGGUGUCUACUGGUACGGAGGCAGGCGAUGGUGGAUGGAACAGAAUCCUAGAAAAGCCAAUCCAGUCGGAACAGAUAGCUGUCAAAGAUGUAGAAUUUAUAAUGGUGGUCUGGACUGCGAGUACAAACCUUGUAAAGAAAACUUACCUUGGGUGUGUUUAAAAGAAAGUACAACUAAUCCUAGCCCUCACAGUGAGGCAGCAACUACGGAAGCCUUGACAACAAUGAAGUACAACACAAGAUCUCACAGAAAUGGAACAAUAGUGAUAGCUCCCACACAGAACACAGAUCAAGGAAGAGCUCCUACAAAGAAUACAGACAAAGGAAAAGCCAAAUCUCAGCUUGAGGAUGACGAUAUGAACGCUAACAUCAUUGCAGUCGUUGUUGCUUUGUUGAUUAUAUGUGGGGUGGUGGUCAUGCUAAUUGUCACAAAAGUAAGAAAAAGUGAAAAGGUGACAUCAGAUGUUACAGACCUGAUAGACACAAGAAACGGACCAACAAAAUUUACCGUUUUGUCGGAAUCCACCAGCAGGACUUCAUCCUUUCACCAUGCGACCGUGGAGAGACAGCGGAGCUUCUCUAAUCCCAACUUCAUGGAUCAUGACAUAGACAUUCUGGCCAAAACUUUAGAUCAUGAAACUAAUCAAGACAUUGACAGUGAUCAACAUCAUGAUGAGGUCCAAGAUAACUAGCAUAAGGAAUCCAUUAGCUCUCUCUCUCUCUCUCUCUCUCUCUCUCAACAAAUCUACGAUUUUUAUAGAUCACAAACAAAUGAUUGAGUUAAGACUUAAGCCAGAUGAUAGCGCAUCAUACCAUUCUUCGGGUUAAGCGAUUACUCAUCUCCACCGUAAAACUGUAGAAUUAUUGUAAGGGUGAAACGCAAAAUAAAAUUGAGUCAAAUCACCCAAGAGGACACGAAAUCUUGGGUCCAGGACAACGCCCUAAUGGAAGCGCAGGGACAGGAAUAAGGAGGUUCUCUGGUCAGAUGUUCCCAGUUUACUGUGAUUUGAUAAAAUUAUGUGACCUGUAGGAGAACUAAGGGAAGAAGACACCAACACCUCCGAUACUUUUGAGUUUCAGCACACUUUGCAUGUUGAAGAUGGGGGGGGGGGGGGGGGGGGCUUUUAGCCUUUCCAAAGAUUUGCUGCAGUCAAUUUUCGGAGAUUCAGAUUAGGAAAUCUGUAGCACAUACUGCUUCUGCAUAGUUCAGCUGUAAACAACACAAAAUAGAACUGUGAACUUCAAAUGACGUUAUAUUGACUACGUUCACUGGUAACAGUAAUUUGUUUAUUCUAAUUUGUAUGUAUAUGUGUUAAGAUAACGAUGAUUAAGAUAUGGAAUUCUGUCUCUCUUUCUCUCUCUCAAAGGUAGGAAUCCGUCACCCUCUUCCCUGACUGUAAACGUCGUGUGUUUGAUAAUACUAUAAAUAUAUUUUUAGAUAAAAACUUUUUUUUUUAUUAUUCUUCACUUUGACGGACCUGUUAUAUAAAUAAUAUAGAAAUGGGGCCCAGGUUACUUCUGAUGAGUCCCUCCUUUAAGAUUAUCACAAUACCGGAAAGACAUAGGGCUCACGUCUGGUGUGACCCGUCGACAGGAGAUGCUUACUCCUUACUAGGCACCCGAUCCCACUUCUGUUAUGUCCAGGGGGCUCACUCUUUAUUUAGUAUUCCUUAUAGGCGUUAUAAUAUUGAUCACUGUUCGUUGAAAAUUCACCUUUUAAAAAAAUUCCAUCAUAAAUGGACUCAUAUUUAAAAGAAAAACUAAUGACACUUUUUAACUUGGUUGAAAAUAUGAAAAUCAGACAGUAAAGAAAAGAAUUACUUUCAAGUCCUAUUAUUGAUUUUAAAAUUUGAUGAUUGUAAAGUUUAGUGGUAUUUGAAGGGAGUUUUAAACAGAAAGAAUGGCUAUUCAUAAAAUUAUCAAAACUAGUUUCCCCACUAAAAAUGAAAUACAAACUAUUUUUGUAAGAUUAAUUUCACUUCCUUGUGAACUUUUCUAGCCUUGGGGUCUCUUCUUCACAAAAUAAUUCUAUGAAUUAUGCUGUUUGUAUGUCAAAUUGUAACGUGUGUAUUUGUGUGUGGCAUUUCAUGGUUUAUUUCACCAUGCAAUAGUCCUUGAACUUUGUAUAUAUAAUAAAUCAGUAAAUAAAA